GGCUUCUGUGAGCCGGAGACCUGUGCCUGCAGCCAGGCUGGCAUCAAGUGCCAAAUGGAUCGCUCCAACUUUCCCUGUGGAUGUUCAAAGGAAUGCUGUGGGAAUCCUGCAGGCCGAAUCGAAUUCAACUCCAGUCGUGUACGGAGCCACUACAUCCACACAUACAUGAAGCUGGAGCUGGAAAAGAGGCUGCACGAUGACAACAGACUAAUCUCCACUGAGCAACAAUCAGCGGCGAGGAACAGAGCCAUUACAUUUCCUGUAAAAAACGACUCUCCCUCAUUCCUCCUGAGCUCAGAGUUCUGCAGGCAGGGGGACAACAGCUGGAGCAGUGACAUGACUGACACCUCCUGUUCUUCCUCUCUGAGUCUGGACUCUGAGACAGAUGGAAGGCCUUCCUCAGAGCGACCCACACUGGACGUGGAUGGCAGAGGACUCACUCACAUACUCAGCUUUUCUGAUUCUGAUGGAGAAGGAUGUCCAUACAUUAAAGAUUAUAAUCUGUCCACAGAAGCCACUGGCGGCACAUCCACAAAGGAAAGCAACACCAGUAAAUCUAAAUUGGAGUUUCUGGAUGAAAAUGCUAAUCAGGCCAGCAUGGAAUGUGUCAACGAUCCAUUUGAUAUCCCUAAUACUCCUUCUGCAUCUCCGGAUCACACUAUGAACUGUUACAUGGACCUCAGUCUGUCCUCAGACUCUGACCUGGUCUUUUUUGACACUUUCCAUGAGUACGGUCCAAGCCGCAAUCAUUUUAAAGUGUAUAGUCAUCUGGACUACAUGUCACAGCUCCAGUUCCCCCGCUGUCCCAGUCGUGCUCUAUUUGAGGACUCAGGAGUCAGUCUUCUGGAGUCUCUUGUAGGAAUUUCUCAAUAGGGAUCAGAGCAGCUCAGUAUUUUUUACUGAUGUUUUAAAGACAAAUGAGCAUUGUUCAUUUGCGAUUGUAAAGUAUGAAUAAAUCUCAUUUACUAUGAGAAAAAUGGUGAAUAAUUUUGGAAUUUAAGGAUAUUCCUUAGAAUUAUAUUUAAGGAUAUUAAUAUAGUCCGUAACUAUUCACGAUCACAGUGUAAAUACAGUUAAAAACCACUCAGUGUGAAGUAUCAUGAUGAGUAAUAUGUCAAUUUCAACUUUGUUGCCAAAAGUCUUAGGUAAGAUUUUAUAUGUAUACUUCAUAAACUAAAGGCUUCAUUACCAUUAAAUAAGGUAUCAAACUAAUCCUAUUUCAGUAAAUAAAGUUUUACUGUUAAAUGUUUACUUAUAAAAGCCCAUUCAUAUUUAUUUCUCAGUUUUGUUUUGCUUUAAAUGAUCAUGUAUGUGAAUCAAAGUUUUAUUUUUUGUGUAGCACAGUAAAUGUAUUUGUUACAGUGUUUCAAACUAGUAAGCUGUUAUAAAUGUCAAUAUGCCAUUAUCAUAUUUCAUGUUCGUCUUUUCAAGGGCCAGCAUGCCCUUUCAUUUAAAAGGAAAUGUUUUUUUUAAGGAAUGACUUGUAAUAUAUAAAAAUUCAGGCUACAUUCGCUUCAGUGGUAUGCCUGCUUUGUAUUUACUUCAGUGAAUGUUUUUGGACAUUUCAAAAUGUGUCCAGCUUCGU